AGGCGCUUGCGCCGGCGGCGUGGCGGGGGGCGCAUGGGUGCGCGGGGAGCCUACGCCGGCGGCGUAGCGCUGUGGCUGGCUGGCCGCUGCCCGCGGAGUGGUGAGGGGAGGCGUGAGGAGAGCCGGGCCGGGGGCGCCGCCAUGGGGAGGCGGCCGCGGGACAGCGGCAGCGCGGCCCGCCGCUGAGGGCCCGCCGAGCUGUAUGGACAGGCUUUUCCUCGAAGCUUUCAGCUGUUGAAAGAGCAGAAGUGAGGAGCUUCAGCCCAGAGGGAAGAUCUCAGCCAGCUUUGUGGAACACAGGACACCGCAGACCCAGCGGGACAGGUUUCUGCUGCACUGGGAUGCUCCAGAAGGUUUCCUCUCUGUCCAGAGCGAAGUUGGUGGGAGAAGGUGACUUCGUGGCCAGUUCCCAUCCUUUGGAGCAGCCGGAACAUCCUUUGUCCGCAAGCUGCGGUCCUCUUCCUCCAGCCUGUGUUGGCCUCUGCUCCACAUGGGAAUGGUGACCCCAUGGAGGAUGCAAGUGUGGGCCCAAACCUCUAUCUCAGGAGGACCCUGUGUAUCUUCUGUACCACUACAGUUCAUAGCAUAAGCUGGGAGACCAAGGAGCCACGCUGGGAGAACCCUCUCCGCAGGAUGUUUUCUCCACCAAAGAACUCCCUGUAACAGGCGACGAUGACAAUCCCGGCGGGACCUUGGAAAGCACUAACAUUUCAGUAGCCCAGCACCUGUGGGCGGCCGCUUAUCCCUCCUUCUCCACACCCUGCCCUCCCACUGCUCACCGUGAUGGUGUAUUAACCAAGAAGAACCCUGCUUCUUUUCUCCUCACCCCUCAAUUUUCGGCAGCUCUGGGAUUUGUAUGGCAGCAGCGUAACCGUGGAGAGGCCGGGGUAUCACAAACUUAUGGAUUUUGAUAAGAGAGGAGGGAAAGGGGACCUGGAGGAAGGUAAAAGGAUGUCCAAGACAGGUGGAGGAAGGAGCAGUCAUGGAAGCCGAAGUGCUGGAACCAACUCGGGAGUCUUAAUGGUGGGUCCCAACUUCCGGGUCGGCAAGAAGAUUGGAUGCGGCAAUUUUGGGGAGCUUCGUCUAGGAAAGAACCUCUACACGAACGAAUACGUAGCUAUCAAAUUGGAACCCAUAAAAUCCCGGGCCCCCCAGCUGCACCUGGAGUAUCGGUUCUACAAACAGCUCGGCAAUGCAGAAGGAAUUCCUCAGGUUUACUACUUUGGCCCCUGCGGGAAGUACAACGCCAUGGUGUUGGAGCUGCUGGGACCCAGCCUAGAAGAUCUCUUUGAUCUGUGUGAUCGGACCUUCACGCUCAAGACCGUCCUGAUGAUCGCGAUCCAGCUGAUCACACGGAUGGAGUACGUCCACACCAAAAGCCUGAUCUACAGAGACGUCAAGCCAGAGAACUUCCUGGUGGGGCGGCCGGGCAGCAAGCGGCAGCACACCAUCCACAUCAUUGAUUUUGGCCUGGCCAAAGAGUAUAUUGACCCCGAGACCAAAAAACACAUCCCCUACCGAGAGCACAAGAGCCUGACAGGGACAGCACGCUACAUGAGCAUCAACACCCACCUCGGGAAAGAACAAAGCCGCAGGGAUGACCUGGAAGCAUUAGGGCACAUGUUUAUGUACUUCCUCCGCGGGAGCCUCCCUUGGCAAGGCCUCAAGGCUGACACGCUAAAGGAGCGGUAUCAGAAGAUCGGCGACACCAAAAGAGCCACUCCAGUGGAGGUGCUCUGUGAGAACUUCCCAGAGGAGAUGGCCACAUACUUGCGCUAUGUGCGGCGGCUGGAUUUCUUUGAGAAGCCAGACUACGACUACCUGCGGAAGCUCUUCACAGACUUGUUCGAGAGGAACGGUUACGUGUUCGACUAUGAAUACGACUGGGCAGGAAAACCCUUGCCCACGCCCAUCGGCACGAUGCACAGUGAGGUGCAGGUGCAGCCCCCGAACAGAGGAGACAAAGCACAGCCACACACCAAACACCAGCCGCCCGAGGGGACGGAGUUGUGGGAUCCUCAGGCCAGUGGGCAGCCUGCCGAGGAGCCUUUGGGAGCUCACCUGGCAGCCGGCAGGCUCGGGGGGUCCGUCCAGGUGAUGAGCUCCACCAACGGAGAGCUGAACACAGACGACCCGACGGCAGGACAUUCAAACGCCCCCAUCACAGCCCCCACCGAGGUGGAGGUGACAGACGAUACAAAGUGCUGCUGUUUCUUCAAGAGAAGGAAGAGGAAAACCACCAAGCGUCGCAAGUGAGCUGCCGGGCCGGGUGGAGCAGCGAGUGCGAUGCCUCCUCUCCCUCCGGCCGCGGCUGGAUCUUGACCUGCGGAGCUGGCGGCGGCGGCCCCUCGGUUUGGCCGGGGACAGGGGGGGGCCGAGCCGGACGGCCUCCCCCAGCGCCCCACGCGCAGGCGGGGAGCGGGGCCUCCCCAAACUGCUUGUCCUUUCCUCCGCCACCCGCCUGGCGCGUGGCCGUUUACUCGAACCAAGCCCAACUUCGCUGAAGUUCCUGCGUCUGUCAAAAAGAGAAAAAAGAAAAAAAAAAAAAAAAAAAGAAAAAAAAGGAAACAAAUCCACAGCGUCACUUGCUUUUGAGUCUAUACCUAGUUUGAAAAUGGGGAUCAACUCUACAGACUCUGAACCAUCGCUGUCAGAAGAAGCAGAAGACAAUUUCGAGAGCAGUGGGCUAAGGAGGAAUUUUUUUUUUUUUUUUUCUGUUGCUUCUUUGUCUCUUAAGUUAAUUUAAAGUGAGUCUCAGUGCAGAGUGCUGAGUUGUCAGUCUUUGACCGUCAUCUUCAGUGUUACUGAAUUCUGCUCUUCCUUUAGGCUCCCCUGCUCCACGUCCCUCGUUGGCCCCCCCCCUUCCCCUUCGUUAACGCCUUCAGUGACGGAGCGGUGCGGCCUCCGGUACGGUGAGCGGUGCUGGGGCGUGCGCGGGGGGAGCCAGGGAGGAGAUGCGUUUACAGUUCAUUUUUCCGAUGCACUUUUGCUAGCAAUACAGGCCGUAUUUGGUCCUGCCGGGAACGGGUCGGUGACUCCCAGGGGCUGGGGGACGCGGUGUCCUGGCUUGAGGACGGUCUGGCUGAGACCCGUGCGCGUCGGGGGCAGAGCAGGGUGGGAAAGCAGAGCAGGCUCGUCGCUGGCGCUGGGAUGCCCGAGGGCUGCGUGUGUUUCCGCCGCAUCUUUAGGUGUUUGCAGGGGCAGCGUUUCUGUCGGCUCUUUGGUUUUACAGACCAUUUGCCGCGUGUCCGAGCCCCCCCCGGGGUGGCCGCGGGCAUGGCGGGGGGCGGUGGCCGGGGUGGGUGGCACUGUGGGUGGCGGAGGCGCGCAGUGAGCGCGGCGAAGGGUGUCAGGGUGGUCCGGCGCUGCAGGCGCUGCUGGCGUGGCGUCCUCCCAGCUGUGCCAGCGCCCGGCCUGAUGCGGGAGG